GGCCAUCACAGCGAGCACAUUCCCGCGAGCGGUGGGUGCAUGAACGCCUCACGUUCUUCAUAUUGAUCUCAGACGCGUUUCAUUGGCCAGAGGACAGAGCUCUGGACGGGCGGGGCUUGGAUACUGACCGCAUAGAAAUAUCUCAUUCAUAAAUUACACAGGACGCUAGAGUAGAGCACUAUACUGUCUGCUGAGUGGAGCCAGCUAAUAUUGGAACAAUGCACUCCAUAAGAAAUUUCUUCUGUCGUCAGUGGAGCUCUUCUGUACGACUCGAUGAUAAAACAGUCAUAAUCACAGGAGCUAAUACAGGCAUAGGCAAAGAGACAGCGAGAGACCUUUCUAGAAGAGGGGCUCGAGUCAUCAUGGCCUGUCGAGACCUGGCAAAAGCAGAGGCAGCCAGAGAAGAAUUAAUGCAGGAUUCUGGAAACCAAAACAUUGUGGUGAAAAAACUUGAUUUAUCAGAUACCAAAUCCAUCAGAGCAUUUGCUGAGCUCAUUAACAAGGAGGAAAAGCAAGUUAACAUCCUGAUCAACAAUGCUGGAAUCAUGAUGUGCCCGUAUUCAAAAACUGCAGAUGGCUUUGAGAUGCAGUUUGGUGUAAACCAUUUAGGUCAUUUUCUGCUCACCUACCUUCUGUUGGACCUUCUCAAGAAAUCAACCCCCUCCAGGAUCGUCAAUGUGGCUUCUGUGGCCCAUACGUGGGGCAGCAUCCAUCUGGAUGACAUAAACAGUGAGAAGGGUUACUCUCCACGGAGGGCCUAUGGCCAGAGCAAACUAGCUAACAUCCUCUGCACACGCUCCUUGGCUAAAAGACUGCAGGGCAGUGGUGUGACUGUGUACUCCCUUCAUCCUGGUGUGGUGCAGUCAGAGCUGUUUAGGAACCUCAGCAAGCCUGUGCAGAUCGCAGUCAAGGUCUUCAGCCCCUUCACCAAGACCACCAUUCAGGGGGCCCAGACCACCAUCUACUGCGCUGUGGAGCCGGAGCUGGACAAAGAGAGUGGAGGAUAUUACAGUGACUGUGCCCCAGCUCAGUGUUCAAGAGAAGCUUCAGAUGAUGAAAUGGCUCAGAAACUUUGGGAACUCAGCUGUCAGAUGCUCAGCAUUACAUGGGACUGAUGGAGCGCUCCUCGCAGUGACGCUCUUAUGCGAGCGGAAUGAAAGCUUUUGUACUAAUGUCAUAGAUAAUGGAAACUGUAGUAUUCAUACAACGCAUGACUGAAUCAGCACUGUUUUAUAUUGUACAUUGUAUACUCUUUUUUUAAUGCCCUUGGCUGUGCUGUUAUAAUUUCAAUAGACAUGUUAUGAAUUUAAAAUGUAUUUUGGUCUAUUAAAUCCUUUUAUUUUAUGAAUUUGCAUUUUGUUGUUGUUGUUUGAUGAAAAACUGUUGUAAUAUCCACAGUUAAUGAACUUUCUCAGGAUAUUUGCCAUUCUGCUAUCUUUUAGCAUGGAAUCCCUUAGUACGGAGCCCCUAAAGGGACAUGGUGGUGGUAAAAAUAUGAUAUAAUAUUAUAGGAUGCGUCCGAAAUCGCAUACUCUCUUGAGUAGUUUCUUAUUUUGAAUAAGUAAUUACUUUGCGAACAUUAAAAAACGUAUGUUCUAUAUAUGAAUGUAAUCUGGACGUACUACAUUCUCCAUGUUGUCAUUAUCACGUGACCUAGCUCAUGGGAUAGUAAAGUGUCCAUCAUAUGCACACUUCAGAAUCUUGCAGGAAGUAGGCUAGUAGGUCAUCCAGGGACUUUUUUCUAAAAGAUUAUGAGUACUGUGAAUUCGGACAUACUUCUUUUGUCACAUAGUCUAUUGAUUUUCGCCUACUAUAUAGGAAGUAUUCAAUUUCGGAUACAGCCAUAAUAUUUUGUUCCACCACCAUGUCCUUUAAGGGACUCCGUAGAACUCAGAAGUUUGCGAGCGAACGCAAAGUUUUUCGGUGGAAAGCAAAAUAUUUGCGAGAGAACACAAAAGCAUAAUUUUUCCUUUCAUCUCAUAUUUUUUACGUCACCAUGUCCGUACAUUAGUCCCCAAUAAGUUAACAUUACUGAAUGCAUUAACUAACAUACAUUAAAGGGUUAGUUCACCCAAAAAUGAAAAUUCUGUCAUUUAUUACUCACGCUCAUGCCAUUCCAGACCCGUAAGACCUUCGUUAAUCUUCGGAACGCAAACUGAGAUAUUUUUGUUUAAAUCCGACAGCUUCUGUGAGGCCUACAUAAGGAGCAAUGACAUAUCCUCUCUCAAGAUCCAUAAAGGUACUAAAAACAUAUUUAAAUCAGUUCAUGUGAGUACAGUGGUUCAAUAUUAAUAUUAUAAAGCGACGAGAAUAUUUUUGGUGCGCCAAAAAAAAAAAAAAAAAAAAAAAAAAUUACGAAUUACUGUCAUUGUCAUGCUCCCUAUGUAGGCCUCACGGAGCCAUCGGAUUUAAACAAAAAAUAUCUUAAUUUGUGCUCCGAAGAUCAACGAAGGUCUUACGGGUGUAAAACGGCACGAGGGUGAGUAAUUAAUGACAGAAUUUUCAUUUUUGGGUAAACUAACCCUUUAACUAACAAUGAGCAAUACAGUUCUAACAUUAUUAGUUUUUUAAAGUUAGUUAAUAAAAAUUAAACUGUUCAUUGUUAUUACCUAUUAGCUCAGGACCAUUAGGCCUAAAUAAUUGUAACAGAUAGGCCUGAUUUUAAUAAUGUAUUAGUAAGCGUAAAAAUUAACUAGCAAUAAAAAUGUAAAUUGUUUAGAUAAACAGUUUGCAAAUUCGCUUUAUAUGUAUAGCUACAUAAGCCAAAAACAAUCCUCACAGGCAGACCGACGGAUAGAUAACAUGUCUACGACGCUUUAUCUAGCUCUGCAGUAAUGAUGAUGUGGACAAGUCGCUGCGCUCUAAACUCCAGUCGCUAGAUGGCAGUGAGCACAGGAGUUGUGCCCAGGAGUUGUGAGCUAGUGCGCAUGCGUCACUCUUAGCGCUGCGUCAGUCUUUCCGCAGUUAAAUCUACGUGGCGUAACACACAGCGGAGUCAGUUUGUCACAUCUAGCUGAGCCACUGCAUUAGCCUUUGAUUUGCCAACACAGCAUCAGUUCAAGAUGGAUCAGGUCAUGCAGUUCGUGGAGCCAAGCAGGCAGUUCGUCAAGGACUCCAUCAGACUCGUGAAGAGAUGCACAAAGCCAGAUAGAAAAGG